GACAGUUGGUGCCAGUCUUGUGAUGUUGAAGGCAGAGCUUUCACAACAAGGACACCAGUGGCAGAGGCAGUGUGCAUAAACAGUGCAUUAAGCCGCGAAUUUGGAAAAGGAUUCCUGAUCUACUGAAGCAACACCAGUUGGUGUUGCCAUGGAAAUUAUCAAGAGACAUAAUAGCAAGACCAAAGAGGAGGUGUCAAUGCAGCUGGACCUGAAGGCCAGCACCUCUCAAGAGGAGAGCCUUACAGAUCAUUACAUCAUACUCAGGACCCUUGGCAAAGGGACCUUUGCUGAGGUGAAGCUGGCCUGCCACCUCCACACAGAGGUUCAGGUUGCCAUCAAGAUCCUGGAAAAUGGUGAGAAUAAUGACCACAACAACAGAACUGAAAUCGACAUCGUGAAGACGCUGGACCACCCAAACAUCAUCAAGGUGUUCCACAUCAUCAACACCGAGGAGCACACCUAUAUGGUGAUGGAGCAUGCUUCUCGGGGAGAUCUGGUGAGCCAUAUUGAGAAAGUGGGCUGUCUGCAGGAGGAGCAGGCCCAGCACAUCUUCACUCAGAUUGUGCGCGCAGUUCACUACUGCCAUAAGAAUGGCAUUGCACAUAGGGACAUCAAACUAGAUAACAUCCUGCUGGAUGGCAAAGGAAACGUCAAACUGUGUGACUUUGGCAUGGCCAUCAGAGUCACCUCUGGGCAGAGGUCCAAGGGAUUGUGUGGCACCCUUGAAUACUGUGCUCCAGAACUAUUCAUUGACACAGAGUAUGACGCAAAGGCGGUGGACAUCUGGAGCAUGGGAGUGGUUUUAUAUACAAUGGUGACAGCGUGCUUCCCAUUCAAAGCAAGGACCUAUUCAGACAUGAAGGAGCAGAUGCUGAAUCCCCAGUACUACAUUCCUUGCACGCUUUCUCAAAACAUUGUAAACCUCAUUGUGCAGUUAUUCACUGUGAUGCCUGAGCAGAGGCCCAAGAUAAGUGACAUUAGGCAGCACCAGUGGUUCAAGGACAGAGAAGAAUUUUGGAAACUCCCACUAUCCUCAGAGACAUAUAGUACCAUCCCAAACCCCAGCCUUGUGGUGGCUAUGUGGGGCAUGGGCUACGAUCCCAAGGAUAUUAGUGAUUGUAUACGUGAGAAAAAAUUCAAUAACAUCAUGGCCACGUACCUAAUUUUAAAACACGAGUCAGCCCAGGACCACACUAACUAUGCUGUGAAGCCUAUGCAGGCCUGUGUUGCCAUGUCACCAGUAGGUGCUCUCACUUCCCUUCCUCCUCAGAGGAGACUGAGUGAGCCUUCCCUUCACACCUUUGCCUUGCUGGAUGAACACCUGAUGCAGGAUGAGAAGAGAUCAUGGAAGAAGGGGAGCAGAAGCCUGAGCAUGCCUACCAUCCUGGGCUUCCAGCAGAAGAGGGAUAACCCUCCCCACCCAGUCCCCAAGUAUUCUCCUGAGGUUACUCACCUCAUGAACACUUUGACAGUAGGUAGCUUGAAUUGCAAGGGACUGUUCUCAAGAUGCUCAUUCUCUGAGGGCAUUUCUUCUCCACAGUAUUUGUCCUGGGAGGCACCCCAGGAAAUGAACACCCUAAAGAAUUGCACAUACACUCAGAGGAAACCAUCUGUAAAGAAGUACAGGGAGGCACCUCAGGGUGUGACCACCACUGCUACCCAUGGAACCCAGAGGUCUUCCCUUCAGGCAAUGUCCGAAAACAACUUUGAAGCUGUCCCUCCUGAAGGUAUAACUGCACCUUCUGCCAGCAUUCUAUCUCAAGGCUGGAAAAGGGUUAAGAAGAGGAUUGGGAACUGGGUGAGACUCCUGUGCUGCUGCCUUUCUGAGAAGGAAGUGGCACCACUGGAAGUGGAGAGCAGUGCAGGUACACACAUGCAGUGACAUGGGGUGCCCAGGAUGCACUUCUGUGUUUCUUAAUCCAAAUAUUUUCUAAUGUGCAUUGCAACCAACACAGGAUAAUUAUAGGUAUGCAGAUUAGCAAAUCUGGUUUCCAAAGGAAAAGUCCCACAGCAUCACCACCAUUAACAGGAAAUUGUUUAGCUGAAGGUGGACAGCAGAGCAUGAGUAGCAGAGGUUGCAGAGGCAGCCAGAAUGAGUUGGCUAAAGGAGGAAAGAAUUAGAGGGGAUCGAAGGUUUCGGGGAAGAAACACCAAAGGCCAAGAAAGAGGAAGAGGAGAGGAGCCACUUGAAAAUGGAUGGUCCAGGAGGAUAUAAGAGUCAAGACUACAUAUUAUAUGUUUCAAAGAUCUUAAGACCGUGCCUUCCAUAUGUCAUCAUUAUCUUUUGAAGUGAUAAGCCUCUUUGCAGGUUCAGACAUUGGGUAGGAAUUUUCCUGGUGUGACUAAGACAGCCAAAGUGGGAGCCUUGCAGAAGUCCAGAUGACAGUGUGUCCACUUACCAAGCCAAGAAGUCCAGCACAGGAGGAGGAAAGUGACAGCAAGCUGGAAGGAAAUGGGUAUCACUGUGGAUGGAAUGCUGGAAUGUUGCUCCACUUUGGAAGGUGGGUAUUGCU